AUGGCGAGCGAGACCGAAGGCACUUUCGAGGUUGAAGGUCAGAAGCUCCACACCAAGACCUACACACCCCAAGGCCCCAUCAAGGCCAAGCUCAUCUUUGUCCACGGCUUCAGCGAUCACAUCGGACGCUAUCCGGAGCUUUUCUCUUACCUUGCAGGCCGUGGCAUCCAGGUUUUCGCCUGGGACCAGCGUGGAUGGGGCCGCAGCGUGACCAAGCCAGCCGAGAGAGGCCUUACGGGGCCAACAUCUCGCGUCCUCUCCGAUGUUGCCGCCUUCAUCCGCGACAAGCUGCCAUCGCCGGAUGCGCCCGUGUUCGUCCUGGGCCACUCCAUGGGCGGCGGCCAGGUCCUCGCCCUCGCCAGCGACCCGCAGUAUCAUGAGCUUGUCGGCCAGGUCCGCGGUUGGCUGCUCGAGAGCCCCUUCAUCGCCUUCACCCCCGGCGAGGAGCCUAGCUUCCUGAAGGUCUUUUUCGGCAAGCUUGCCAGCCGCCUGCUCCCGACGAAGCAGCUCGUUAAUGAGAUUCCCGCUGAAAACCUGACGCGGGACAAGGCGGUGCAGCAGAGCAUCAAGGAUGACGACCUCAUGCACAACACCGGUACGCUUGAGGGUCUAGCGGGCAUGCUGGAGCGGACGGACGCGCUGGCCCAUGGCAAGCUCAGUCUGAGCCCCAACGUCAAGAGCCUUUGGCUAGGCCACGGCACCGAGGACAAGACGACGUGCUUCAAUGCCAGUAAGAAAUGGUACGGCGCGCAGAGCAUCGAAGAUUGCACGCACAAGCCAUACGAGGGUGCGUACCAUCAGCUGCAUGCCGAUCUUUGCAAGGAAGACUUCUUCAAAGACGUCGGAGACUGGAUUCUGGAGCGCGCGGGUGACUCGGCGAGGCCCGAAUCCAAGUUGUAG